AACCAAUGUAUGUAUGUACAGCUAUCAUUGUGAGUUGUUAACAUGAAGACUCUAGUAGUUAUAGCUUGUCUCUGCGCUUUUGCCGUAGCUCAAGAAGACGGAGAUAAAAAGGAUACUAUAUUUAAAAUCCUUAAAGACUGUGCUAAAAAAGAGGGUAUUGAUAGAGGUAAUAUCAAGAAGGUAAUAGAAAGUGGUGCUUUUAAUGAUGAAAAAUUCCAAUUAUUCGCGCAAUGCUUUGUGAAAGAAAUUGGUGCUUUAACAAGUGAUGGUACAGUUAACUGGAACUACAUUAGGGAAAAAUGCAAGUCUUACACUCAGGACUGUGCAUUCGUAGACGAAUGUUCAACCAAAACUGGUAGUAAUCAAGCAGAAACCAAUGCUAGUGGUGCAGCCUGUCUGAUUGUUAAUAUUCAUAAGAAAAUGAAGGAAAUGAAGAAAAACAAUAAAGACGAGUGCGGAGAAGGGGGUUGCCCAGUUUGAGAAAACCCUUAAAUUUCCCAUUGCAAUAGAAUAAAUUGUGUUUAUCCAUA